GGAUCGGUACUGGGCCGAAGCGGUACGGAUUAGCUCAAGUCGGUGAAAAAGUGUCUACAAAAAAACUCGAAAAAAUCAAAACAAUUACGAAAAAGCCAAAGUUACCACUGGGAAAUGAUAUAAAUAAAUAUAAUAUAUCAAUAAAAAAUUAUACCACAAUCAAGUGUUCAGUUUUAAGAUGGCCAAAAGGCAAGUGUUAAGCAUCUUAAUUCUCCUAAGCCUUUGUUGCGCUUUUGGACCUAUAAAAGCAGCCACGGAAUAUAAUCGGUAUCUGGCCCAGAUAUUCCAAAAAUACGGCAAUGGUGGUACAAUCAACUUUGAGGGCCUUGAGCACUUGAUGUACAGCCUAAACUUGGGACAAAUUCAAUUUGAUCCCUCGCAUACGAUCGAAAAGCAUCGACCUGAAGGAUAUGCAAAGGAAACCACUAACAUUAACCACAAUGUAACCGAUAACUUCCUGGAGGAGCCGGCACGCACCAACUCCACCGAUGAGGAAGCUCUGGAAUUGCAAAUCUCCACGAACAAUAAUCUCACAAAGUCAGAGUCAGGGCCAGUAGAGAUACCGGAAUUCCUGGAAAUACACGACCCCAGGCAUAGGCACCCAAGGGAGAGCAACGAUAACGUUGCUGCCUGCUUAUCGCCCAAAUCCUUGCUAUCCUUGCUGGUGGAUCACAAUGAUCUGCACAAGAAUACCGCCUAUCACAAAUUAAUCAGCAAGAAUCACACCGUCACUGCUGAAACCAUUCACAACUCUGAGGAGGAAUACAAUCAGUUUAUCAAUUCGGUGAGGAUAACGCCGCGUGCCUUUAUGAAACUCUGUCCGGCUUUGUUGGCACAAAUUGAUAAUGGAGUUUGUAAGCAACCGGCUCCAAAGACCAGUGAUUUUGAGGAAAAGAAGCAAAAGAUUUGGUAUGCUUGGAUUGCCGCCAGUAUCUCCAUGGUAAUUCUCUCCGCCUGCGGCUUGUUGGGAAUUCUUCUGGUGCCAUUAAUGAAGACGGCGGCCUACCAGGAAAUUCUCAAAUUUCUUGUAUCCAUUGCCGUGGGCACUUUGGCGGGCGAUGCUUUGAUGCAUCUGCUACCACAUGCUCUCUUCACGGAGGAGAAGCACGAGGAGGAGGUGACUGGCAUUAAUCCCUUGGAAUCGGAUCACAAGCAUAGCAAUGAAGCUGCUCUUCUCUGUGGUUGCACCUUCCUGGCAGCUCUUUUCAUGUACAUGCUGGAGAAUUUGAUUCCCAUGCUCAAAGGCGAAAAGUCGGGACACGGACAUAGCCAUGGACAUGGUCACAGUCACAAUCACAAUCAUACGGGAAAGCAAGCUGGUCAGGAACUUCCCGAUCUUCCAGUGCCACGCGAACUCAAUGUAAUGCUGCAGGAGGCCAAGCUGGAUGAGAAGACUCCCGAUCGUCCACUUACGCCGGUUGCCUUUAUGGUAAUCAUUGGCGAUGGCCUGCACAACCUCACCGAUGGUUUGGCCAUUGGUGCGGCUUUUGCAACGGAUCCGGUCACGGGCUUUGCCACUGCCUUUGCCGUCCUCUGCCAUGAAUUGCCGCACGAGCUAGGAGACUUUGCGUUGCUUCUCCAAACCGGCGUAUCCAUGCGAAGAGCCAUUUAUAUGAACAUUAUCAGUUCAGUUCUCAGCUUUGUGGGCAUGUCCGUGGGUUUGUUCAUUGCCGGCAUCGGUGAUGGUAUGACCCAAUGGAUUUAUGCAGCCACAGCUGGUUCCUUCCUAUACAUAGCCUUUGCCGAUUUGGUGCCCACGAUGAGUGUGGCCCAUAAUCCGGAAAUGGCCAAAGAUCCCAAGGGUAUUAUUAUACAAAUAUUUGGUAUUCUUCUCGGUGGACUGAUUAUGUUGGUAAUUGCCCUAAAUGAACACGAUCUGCAGGGUUUGUUCGAUGUUUUUUCAAAGAGUUGAGAAUCUAAAGGGGAGAUUUCUUAACUUAACCCUUUUGUCCUUAUGUAGAUAGUAGAAUAAGUCGAAAGUUAUUCCUGGAAUCUCCAAGAUCUAUCUUCAAGCAUUAAUUAUAUAUAUAUAUAGAGAAAUAUGUAUAUAAAUACGUAGAAGAUACGAUCGCUAUAAAAUAUAAAAGAGUCUCUGGUCACAGUUAAAGAUAAAGAUCUUAAUCUGGGUCCAGAAAUAUUAAAAUUAAUGGGGGAAAGUAUUGUUCAAUUUGUUUUUAAAACCCUUGAGGGAUUUAAAAAUGAUUUUAAAUAUUACCAAAAAGUGUUCCAUUGCCAGAAAACUCUGUAGUACAUCCUGUUAAUUAUAUCUCUUUCCAAAGCUGCAUUAUCCAAGUUAAGUUAAAUGAUAAGUGUGUAAUCAAAAGUUGAUUUAAAAAAUGAGUAUGUUAAAUGAUAAAUUUGUAAUCAAAAAUU